AUGCAGCUCCUCUCGAAGCGCCAGCGUCGCGACGGUGGCGGGCCAUCAUGGCUUUCUGCAGCAUCUCUCCUCACUACCCUCCUUACCCUUUCGCUCACCAGUCUCCCCGAAACCAUGGCAGCACGCAGUGGCCUCGGAGGCACACAGAUGCUCUACACCUCUUCAGCCGUCUACUGCAGUCCUCCCGAAGCUAUCUUGAUAUCGGCGCUCGAUCUCAAGUUCUUCCGCGAGAAUCGCACGCUCGAAUUCGACAUCUCGGCCGCCUCGGUACAGGACGAUCUGCGGGUGUCGGUCUCUGUCAACGUCAACGCCUACGGUCUGGGUCUCUUCUCGCUCGCCAUAAACCUGUGCGAUACCAUCAAGGCACUCUGUCCGCUGCCCAACUACCAGUUUACGGGUGCAGGAGUGUUCGCGGUGCCCGAACAGUUCGUUUCCAAGAUCCCCACCAUCGCCUUUCAAGUGCCGAACCUCGAGGCUGUGGCCACUGUCGAACUCACCGAUACCACCAACAACAACGUCGUCGGGUGUGUCCAGGCUACCCUGUCCAACGGAAAGACGACGUAUCAGCCUGCGGCAAAAUGGGCGGUCCUCGGCGUGUUUGCCUUGGCGGUGUUCAGCUCGGUGCUGCAUACUUCGCUCGCCUCUAGUCUAGGUGCGGCCCAGUGGAGGGUGGUGGAUGUGUUCACGACGAUCCAGCACAUCCCCAUGGCGGGUCUGUUGUCGUUGAAUUAUCCUCAGGUGUUUUUGGAGUUUGCACGCAACUUUGCUUGGUCGAUCGGGCUGAUCGAUAUUCCGGCUGUUCAGGGGUCAAUCCUGUCGACAAGGGAAAAGACGGGUGGAAGGCAGGACGGUGUGUUCGGCGCACUGUUGAAGGCGGAGAAGGGCAAGCAGUUGAAUCCGUUCACCAGCGCUGGUGCGUCUUCGGGUGCUUCAUCCGCGUUCACGACACCGUCUACCUUUUCUUUCCUCACCCUGCCCCCUGGUGCGACAGAGCAGGCCAACACGAGCAGCGCACACGCAGCCUACAGCCAGCUCUCCAAGCCGAUCAGCUUCCACAUGACAAACUUAGGCAAGCGUCAGAUCUACGCGCCAUACACAGGCGCAGGAGGUCAGAUCGCCCAGAACGUCGGAUCCAACUACCUCCCCCUCAUCUCAUCCAGCACGCCCUCGCCCAUCGGAUUGGGCUACUUCGCCGAGCUCAACAACAUCUCACCCGCCAGUGCAUUCCUCACCGUGCUCAUCAGUCUGGCAAUGCUGUUCGCAGCGCUCGUCGUCAUCUUCAUCGUCGUGUAUGCGAUUGCUGCCAUUGUGCGGCUAGCGACGUCGAGGAGGAACGGUCGUGUGGCGGCUUGGUCGACUCGAUUGACGGGGAGGUUUUUCCUGGGCAUGUUCUGUAGACCGCUGCUUGGUCGUGCGGUCGCAGCGACGUUUCAGGUCUACUUGGUGUUUGCCUUUUGGCAGUGGUUGAGGGGUGAUUCGUGGGUUCCAGAUUUCCUGGCGGCCAUUCUUCUGGUCGUCUACCUGGCGGGAAUCGCGCUGAUCUUUGUCCCCGUCUUCUUGGCCUCUCGCAAAGUCGGAAACGACCGGCUCUUCUACGGAUCAACACCACCCGCCAACGCCUCCAACACGGCUCGUCGUUGGGGAGCCAUCGCACACCCCUUCCGACCCAAGUUCUUCUGGUUCGGUCUCGUAUUCUUGCUCGUCUACUUUGUGCGCGCUUGCUUCAUCAGUUUCGCGCAGGGAGCAGGGCAUGGGUUGAGGCAGUCGAUCGGACUGGCUGCUACGGACCUGCUGUUCUUCCUCGCGUUGUGCAUCUGUCGACCGGGGAGGGACAAGACGAGCGACUUUGUCAUGAUCUUCUUGAUGGUGUUCAGGGUCAUCUCGUGGGGUAUCUGCAUAGCCUUGACGCCGUUGGCGGAUAUCGAGACCAUUCCGAGGGUCGUCCUCGGAUUCGCGUUGAUCGUCGUGACCGGACUUCCGAUCAUCUUCCUGUUCUUCCUGACGGUGUGGGAUCUUGUCUCGCCGUUCAUCAGGAAGAGACAGUGGAACGCGACGAGGUUGGGGGACGCAGAGCUGAACGAGAAGGGCAACGAGGGGUAUGCAUUCGGCGCUGUUGGAGCCGGAGCAGUGGGUCAGUCAGAGGCGGAAAGUGCAGCGAGUGGUUCGAGUAGUGCUUCUUCGGAACACGAAAACACGCUUCGUCCCGGUGGUGCCGCGCUGCCGGCAAGACAAAGCUCGUUGUCGCGACAAGCGUCAACCUCGGACGCGGUCGAGCAUCCACCAGCAGCAGGCACAGCGCCAAUGCAGCCAACACAGCAACACCUGUCGCCGCGUCCAGCAGCUCCAUCUCACGCCACCUCUGCCGUGUCAGCUGCUUCUGGUCAAACCGUCUACUACGACGCCCGACCUGCAUAA